GUGCGGGCUGGGUGCGAUGGAGGAGGAGUUUGGGUUUCCCCUCCUUCUGGCUCUCCUCGACCAGCGCUCACCUUUAUUUGUCAUUGGCCCUCACCUUGGUCGGAGCUCCCGGAGGGAGGAGGGGUGAAGCCCACCCGGGCGGGGGUGCAUCAGCAUCCUGCGUUCUGCUGGGGCCGCCGCUGCCGUGUCGGUACCGCAUGGGGUGACGGCGGCACGGCUGGGCCGAGGUACCGGGCUGUGUGCCCGGCCUCGCAGCGCUGUGCUUUCCAGCAGGCCCAGGAGGCGGUGCUGAGGAGGCCAGGUGUCACAGGAGAACUUCACUCUUUUGUUGCAAGAAUUAAGUGGCACCCAGAAACGGCAGCGGACUUCCGACCUUCUGCUGCGUGGAAGACAGCAUCAUUUACAAUGUCUCUUCCAUCCUGGAAAGUCAGCAAAGAGUUAGCGUUCCCGGGCUGUUGGAGCUCUUCCAUGUUAAUGGAUGACAUUUGAUAUGUGCCCUGUAAGUCCUGCGCUAGGACUCGGUGACCGGUGGGGUGCCUGAUGCCUGUAAUCCCCAUUCCCCGCCGGGUCCGUUCGUUCCACGGCCCCCACACGACCUGCCUGCAUUCGGCCUGUGGCCCGGUACGGACCACUCACUUGGUGCGCACCAAGUACAACAAUUUUGACAUCUAUCUCAAAUCCCGAUGGAUGUACGGAUUCAUUCGUUUCCUGCUGUACUUCAGCUGCAGCCUGUUUACCUCCAUCCUCUGGGUGGCACUCUCUAUCUUGUUUUGCCUUCAGUACCUUGGCAUCCGGAUCUUUCUGCGUUUCCAGUACAAACUCUCCAUCAUCCUCCUCUUACUGGGGCGAAGGCGAGUGGACUUCAGCCUCAUGAAUGAACUGCUCAUCUAUGGAAUUCAUGUGACCAUGCUGCUAGUGGGGGGGCUGGGAUGGUGCUUCAUGGUAUUUGUGGAUAUGUAAAUAAAACAAGCGCAUGUGGGCUAAGAAGGUGAUUUUUCUUCCACCCCUGAAUUUGUCAAUAUCCUCUUUUCUUUUUUUAUAUAAAUUAAUUUAUUUAUCAGUG